GCCAAGUAAGACUCUACCCGGCACCCAAAUGGGAAGAGGAAGAGUAUAUUGCAAAGUGUAUAAAGAACAAAGCCAACAGAAAUACUGAUGAAGCCAAUCGUGCGUGCGUACACUCUGGAGGGUCUAAAUCUGCCGGAACGCUUCGUCUUGAGUUCAUCCAACAAUUUGGUCGUUCACCCACCUUUAUGGAGAUGAAUGACAUGAUGCACCGGUAUGCAGAUUCCGGUCAGUGGACGGGGGCAAGGGCGCAAGAAGUGUCGAGGUUGACGCAAAUUUGGGUUGAAGAAUAUAAUGCAAGCCAACUACGACUACCACCUCAUAGGCGAGAUAAUGAGGAUGUUCGUCGAAACAAGAUGUCGUUGGCUUUUGUUAAGAAUGCUGGUGGUGCGACUCGAGGUCGCAAAUUCGCUGCUGGGUGUACAUCUUCUCUAUAUGCAAGUGACCCAACUGGUUUGAGAGAUGUCACUUACACAUCUUCAUCUUCAUCGAGUACAGGACGCUCUCGUCCAACUCAAAGAGAGGAAACCGAUGAUGAGUAUGAAGCGCGAAUGAGGGCCACGUAUAGAGAAGAAUUCCGCGAUGAGUUCGAAGCAUCAUUUGAUGACCGGGUGGACCUACGGGUCCAACAUGUAUUGCAGGAAUUCUUUGCGCAGCAGAGGGCGCCGGCGGGGGGGGGGGGUUGGAUCAUCAUCUCAGGCUUCGGCACGACAAAAUCAAAAUGCCGGUGAACAAGAAUAUCGACCGGAUUUGAGUAGCAUGGUUAAUUUGAAUCAGCUGCCGGAGUACCGAGAGGGUGAUCCAGUACUGAGUAUGAGCAUAGAGGAUAUGAGUCAGAUGCUUAAUGAACCAGUUCAUUUACAAUUUUUUGAUCCUACUGGGCAAACAAGUGGAAGCAGUAGUGGCGGAAGCGGUAGAAAUAAUCAACAAACUGCUUUCACCGAAUACCAGAGAUCAUUAAAUCCACAACAAGACUUCAUAAUCCCACAUGAAAACCCAAAUCAACCCCAAGGCAACUUCUUCCCAAAUCAAGCCCCAAUUAACUUCGUUCAUAGGCCUGUGGCACGACCUCCUUCGCGAACGUCACUCCCCGGAGUCAUAAUACACGAGGGAGGUAGAGGCCGAGGCCGAGGCCGAGGAAGGUCGCGUCAGCCAACAGACACUGGCAAGGGGAAGCGACCACUAUAUCAGCCGCCUGACCAACGUUGAUGUGUAAUUUUAAUAAUCUGUUGUUGAUUAUUAUUUGUUUAAUUGUUUUCUUUUUGUAAUGACAAUAUUAUCAUUAUAUUUAAUUAUGCUUAUGUUAAGU